AUGGACUUGACUCCAGCAUCAGGCUUCAAAAGGAGGCCUGCUGCCUCCUCUUCCCCAAGUGGAGUUAGAGAGAUUACCAGGAGCCCUCCUCCCUGCUCACCCUCCUUGUCUCUUUCAUCUCCUUCAUCUGAUCCAUCUUCACCCUUGUCUACGUCCUCCUCUCUCUGCGCCAACUCGUCAGUUUAUCAAAACCAUGUAAAAGGCCAGACUCGGAGGACAGAGGUGGCCAGGGUGUCCUCCACUUCUGCCUCUCUAGCAACGCAGUCUCUCUCCACACCUGCACCCUACACCACCUCCUCGGAUUCCUUCCCUCACAAUUCAGUUCAGCCAAGUGUGGUUUGUGAAGAAGAGGGCAGGAAAAGGGAGAUGUAUGAUCCUUUCCAUCCAACUGAGGGAGUGAAGGGGGACGAGGGCGAAGGGGAGAAAUAUGACCCCUUUGACCCCACUGGUUCCCCAGCUUCAGACGCCGAUGACGGAAGUGGCAAAGUGAGGGGGGUGAAGAGAAACGCUGAGAGAGGAGAUAAUGAGGAGAAAGAGGAAGAACCUCCAGAUUCCACUGACACCUUGACUGACCUGCCAAGCCCCUGUCUGGCCACCCAGCUCCCUCUGAGGAGGAGAGUGGACUGUAGCACUACCAAGGCUGGAGAGAAGAGGGAGAGUGCUGACUCUGAUCACUCUGAGAUAGAGGAGGGAGAGAUAGUUGGGGCUCCUGACAGAGAUGGAAGCAGUAAGAGACCAGCUGGAGAGAUCCUCCCCCUGAAUUCUCCCAGCGUCUCCUUCUUUGGUUCAAAGCCAGAGCGCAUUCUCCGGGUGCUGGACGGGGAUGGCUUUGUGUCAGUGCGCGCAGAGGGCAACUGGGAGACGGACAGGGAGCCUGAGGAUGAGCCUGUGGUAGGAGUGGAAGAUCUGAGAAGGAAGCUGGUCAGCAGGCGGAAGGAAAGGUAUCUCUCCUUUCCUGCUUCUUCCCCCCUCUCUCCUCAGCCACUGCCUCCUCCCUCCCAUCCCUCAGCUUCUACACCCUCUUCCCCUCUCACACCUCCUGUAGUGCAAGGCAGCAAGAACCGCAAGUCCUCCAAGAGUUCCAAGGAUCGUGACCGACACAAAAGCAAGGAUAGGAAGGCUGGGGAGAAGGAGGAGAAAAGAAAGAAGAGAAGGAAGGACAAAGAGGGAGGUCAGGAGAGGAGCAAGGAAAAGGAUCGAGGGCACAGGACCGGGAAAGAGGUUAAAGGAAUGAGGAGCAGCAGGAGCAGUAGCCGGAAGAGGAAGAAAAGACAUCACAGUAGCCCAGAGGCCUCACGAUCCUGCAACUCUUCUGGAAGAGGGGGCCGCACUAGACACUCCUUUUCAAACCUCAACGGGUCUGACCUCUUUGCCAUCAAGCGAACCAUCACAGUCACCACUACCACAACCACCACCACCGUACCUGGCUCCCCAAGACUCACCCCAACCUCACCCUGUCGGCCCACGCAGGAAUCUGACAAGCCCCACAAGAGGAAGAAGAAGAGAAAAUGGCACUCAGCUGGAGAGGUGGAGGACCAGGGAAGUUGUCGCAGCCAAUCACAGUCACUCUCACCACCAAGAUAUCACAGCUACGAGUCAGACCGCUAUUCAGACAAAUUGGAGAUUGACGUGUUGUCUUUGGAUGGUGAGGCUUUGGACUCGGACUACCCAUCUUUGGAGGAUACACCCCCUGCUGCCCUUCCUCCAGAACCACCUGUCCCUAGCCCUAAAACUAAAACUACCCCCAAGACUGGACGACAUCACCCAAAAAAGAAAUCUCGCACAUUAAAGAAAAUUGGCCAAUCUGAAUCCUCCUCCUCUUCCAGUAGAACCAAAAGCAAAUGCCUUUCCUCGCUGACGGUCACGUCAGGCUCUGCCUCCGUCUCAUCUGAUCUCCCCUCAGCAAAGCGAACCAGGAAGAUGGGAAAGGACAAAGACCGGGACAAAGGCAGCAGAAAGGAUUUGGGUCGCUCUGGCAAAUCCAAGAAAGAGAGCGCUGGUAGUCGAAAAGGCAAGCUUCAGUCCAAAGUGUCUGUGCUUGUGCGUGAGGGCGUGAGCAGCACCACAGGGGCUUCAGUUGGCUCUGGAAAGCUGGGCAUGGAUCUCCUAGGGCCAGGAGGUACAGGAGGGGCUUCUGGGGGUUCUGUGGUGGGUGGCUCAAUUGCUGUAGUCUUCUGCAGGGACAAUGAGAGCAGGUCUCCCUUCCUCAAACCUUGCUCAGAGCCACUGUCCCUGGGCAGCCGCAGUAAAGAUCUGGCCAGUAUGGGAAAGCGAAGCAGCCUGGCUGCACCGCCAUCCUCCUUAACCAAUCCUGCAGGACUGAAAUCCAAGAAAACAAAACCAAGCUCCAUCACAUCCACCUCCUCCUCUGCCUCCUCCCCCUCAUCAUCUCUGGCAACCAAGCGCCGCCGUCGCCUGGCCAAGAAGACAAGAGAAAAAGGUGGAGCUGCAGGGUUGACGGCUGGAGACGACAGCCAAACAAAAGCCACGUCUGAGGGCUGGGUUGGAGCUUCCUUAGAUAUUCAGUCAGCCAUUGGAGAUGGGAGCAAGUCAGUCAGUCCACAUAUUGGCCAAGCUGGCCCUGCACCCUGUUCCUCCUCCUCUUCCUCUUCCUCAUCCUCCUCCACCAGUGUGCUCCCACCUUCUUCCUCACCACCCCACACGCCUCCACCCUCUAUGGCUCCUUUGCGGGACACCAGGGAGUCGUCGCCAGACUCUCAGACUGUGGACAGCAGCUGUAAGACUCCAGACCCUUCUUUCCUAGCUGAGGACUGUCCAACUCAGACCAGCCCCACGCUCCCGGCAUCGAGUCCGUCCAGCCUGUCCACCCCCCAGGGAGCUGGCCUCAGCAUCACCUUGUCUACAGCCACUGCCAAGCCCCCUCUUCCAGAUGACGCACCUAAAUCUCUGGCCUCACCUCCUUGCUCGUCCUCUUCAGCAGGCUGCGCUCUCACUUCCCUUUCUCUGCCUCUGUCUUCGUCAGACCCCUCUUCCUCCUCUGUGUCCUCCUCGUCUUCUAGUAAGCCUCCUCCUCCUCCUCCCCCUCCAGCAGCGCCCGCGCUCCCCUGGAGUCUGCAGACCGGGGUGGACUGCACAACUGGAGGAGUCCUAGCAUUGACUGCUCUGCUCUUCAAAAUGGAGGAGGCCAAUAUCGCCAGCAGAGCGAAAGCACAAGAGUUCAUUCAAGCAACCAGCCAGACCCCACCCUCCAUCAUGCCUGUGGGGCUGUCGGGAGUGACUGGGAGCUCUGGUGACACUGGAUGGGACAAUGAGAGCAAAGACCCUGAUAAGUACCUGAAGAAGCUGCACACCCAGGAGCGGGCAGUGGAGGAGGUGAAGCUUGCCAUCAAACCUUACUAUCAGCGCAAAGACAUCAACAAGGACGAAUACAAAGACAUCCUCAGGAAAGCUGUGCAUAAGAUCUGCCACAGCCGCACUGGGGAAAUCAACCCGGUCAAAGUCAGCAACCUGGUAAAGCUUUAUGUCCAGCGCUAUAAAUACUUCCGGAAACAUGGACGCAAAAUGGAUGAGGAAGAGAGGGAUGAGAGGGAGCCAGGAGCGCUGCAUUCCUCUGCCUGA